AUGCUUGACUGCUGUUCCUUGUGUGAAAAACAUAGGGGAAAGAUUAAGAAAGGGCUAUUCUUAUUUCCUGCUGAAUUCAAACAAUAAUAUUAGAAUUGUUACAUUUCAUAAAUUGUGUUGAAAUUGAUAGCUUUGAACAACAAUGAACCGAUUCAUUAGGAUAGUUUCGUGGUUAUAGACAAUGACCUUAUUAUCUGUGAAUUGUGUUGGUAAUUGAUGUAAUAUGGGUUCACAUGUUAGAAGUGUAAAACUCUUAAUUUUAUAUAAAAUGAUAAUUAAAGAAGGUGUCAAUUUUGUAACACUAAUUUAUGCCUCAGUUGUGGGAAGCAAUUAGAUCUGUUCAGAAACAACCAAUAGAAUUGUUAUCAAUGUUAGAGACAAGAAAUAAUUUCAUAUAAGAUUGCCUACAUUGUGAUGAUAAUUGUAGUGGGAUUACUGCUACCGUAUUUGGCUCUCACCUACCUUUUAACUAAGUUCUUUGACCCUAUUCAUUAAUACGCGUUUUGUAGGAAAAGCGCCAUGAGAACGUUAUUGUUAUUUGUUAUUUUGUUUCCAAUAAUGUUCCCAUAUGCUUUAAUCGAAAUUGUUGUUGCUGGCUUCAAAGCAAUAAUAAGAAAUUUAAGGUGA